CCCUUGGUUUGAGGACAGAUACGUCAGGUUGCUUCUUGCACUCAGGAUCACGAAGCUGUAAGAGAGUGUUGGUGGCUUACAAGCACAAAGCAAGAGCAACGGAGAUCUCCAAACCUCACCCGAAGCACGGCAGCCACAGAGAACCAUGGCAUUUGCAGGGAUGUUGAGCGACGAGGACAUACAGGCUGCGGUCCAGGCUUGUCAAGCUCCAGGCACAUUCAACUUCAAGUCAUUCUUUGAACAAGUUGGACUGACUGGCUUAUCUGAAGCAGACAGGAGAAAAGUGUUUACAGUCCUGGACCAAGACAAGAGCGGAUACAUCGAAGAGGAGGAGCUCAAACUAUUUCUUCAGAAUUUCUCUCCGGGGGCCAGAGAGCUGACUGUGGCUGAAACCAAAGCUCUGAUGGCUUCUGGGGAUAAAGAUGGUGAUGGCAAGAUUGGGAUAGAAGAGUUCUGUGAUCUCCUGAAGUAAAGAGAAAUUACAUACACAUACGACCGAGGCUGUCUACCCUUGUUCUGAAUAAUGGAUUUGCAAUGGAGAUCUUGACUUUCUGGAUUGUUUCAUGCAAAGACCAAAAACCUCACAAAAUCUGUACCUGCCUGCUGCUCUCCCUGUUCAUGUGAUGCAAUGUUGUAUAAGAUGUUUAGUAGACAGAUGACCAAAGUUGGAUGUUAAACAUGUUUGUGUUUAAUCAAUCAGGUACCUUGAAUGGAUCAAUAAAUGUAGACAAUUAAAGAAGUAAA